AUGGCUGCGGCUUUCGUGGGAGGAGGAUGUUUACGAGUCGGAGCACCGUGCAGAAAAGAGCGUCGAGGAAACAGUGACCUACUUUUCGGUUCUGUGAUCCUGCAAAACGACGGCAGCAGAGCAGUGCUAGAAAACCCUCAACCUGCUGGACAGAGGGAACAAGAGGCUCCUUUGAAAAAAGAGGACAUCCUGAGAGUGACUGCCGCUGAGCUUUUCACAGCUCGCAUGGGAACACAGGGCUCUGAAUGCACUCUGCUCACUGACACACACACACACACACACACACACAGAGAGACCCUGAAAGUGCUACUCUGUGGUGGUUAUAUUGAUCCAUGA